GAGAGAGAGAGAGAGAGAGAGAGAGAGAGAGAGAGAGAGACGCUCAUCCUACACGCCACUAAGCUCGCUACGAAAGAGGGAGGGAGCGGCAAAAGCAGGAACUGCAUCGGCAGUGAACUUUGGCCGAGGGCUAAAUAAUCCAACAUAAUAAUAAGAAGACGUAAAACUAACAUAAGACAUGUAGGGGUGGAUUGUACGAUACCCCAAUUAUAAUGCAAUGCGUUAAAUGAUUCGCAGUAGGCCACACUUAGAUGCGAGCCUACCCGAAUAUUUGUCAAACGGAAGUUAUAGCAAUAGGAAGUUUGAAAAAAGAAGUUAAAAAACGCAAAAAACAAACCGUGUGCCAACUUCUCUGCCCUCUGAAGGAGAUGGAUACGCACGUCAAAGAAGGACAACUUUAUGUACAGCACCAAAAGUUUGGCAAGAAAUGGAAGAAGAGCUGGUUUGUGCUGUACCCAGCCAGUCAGAGUGGCAUCGCUCGCCUGGAGUUCUUUGACUGUGGCGGCAGCAGUGAGAAGCCCAGCAGCACCAAGAAGCUGGACAAGAAGGUGAUCCGGCUGUCUGAGUGCAUCAGCAUCCUGCCCGCCCUCACCGAGACCUGCCCCAAGGACAACAUGGCCGCCUUCUGCAUGGAGACCAACGACAAGACGCACGUGUUCGCCACGGAGCGGCAGGCCUGCGCCGCCUGGGUGGACAAGCUGUGCGAAAUCGCCUUUCAGGGAGGCGGUGUGUUGGACUCUAACGGGCAGCAGGAAUUCAAGAUGGCGGAGAACCUCAUCUACUCCUCCAGAGAGGAAGUGAAUGAGUUCUGGGUGAGCGUGCAGCGGACAGAGGCCUCGGAGCGCUGUGGCCUGCAGGGGGCGUACUGGCUGAAGGCCGACAGUGACAGCCUCAUCCUGAAGGACCCCAAGAGCAAGAGGAGCCUGCUGGUCUGGCCCUACAAACUGCUGCGCCGCUACGGCAGAGACAAGGUGAUGUUCUCCUUCGAGGCGGGGCGGCGCUGUGACUCGGGCCCGGGGAACUUCACCUUCGAGACCAAGCAGGGGAACGAGGUGUUUGGGCUGGUGGAGGGGGCGAUCCGGGAGCAGAAGGCCCAGGCAGAGGAGCGGCACCAGAGCAGCCCCGCCCUGGACCCCGACUGCCCCGCCCUGCAGCUGGCCCGCACCGGGGGCGAGGGCGGCCGCGAGCGGGAGGACGGGGACUCCGGCGGCAGCAAGCCCGGCUCGGCGGACGGCGUGUUCGGCAGGAGGGAGGGCCGCAGCCUGCCGGACCCCCCCGCCCCCCCGCACGACCCGGCCGGGCUGUACUCGGAGCCGGCCGACUCCCUGCGCCUGCCCCCCUGCCCCGCGGACGCGCUGUACUCCGACCCCGUGGACAGCCUGAAGGCCGCCCCCACGCCCGCCCCGCGUAACCCUGGCAACAGGCCCGAGCCGCUGUACUCCGACAUCUACGACCGCGUGAGCGUGGAGCUGGCGCCCCGCGCCGCCGCCCUGAGGCUGGAGGCGUGGCCUAAAGGGGCGGGGCCGGAGCACAUCUACGACGAGCCGGAGGGGCGUGGCGAGGGCGGGGGCGGGGGCGGGGGCGGGGCGCUGUACGACGAGGCGCGGCUGGAGCCGCAGGCCUGGCGUGCGCGGGCGUGGGACGACUCGCCGCAGGGCCACGAGGUCCCGUACAACCCCAGCGCCGACGACUACUCCGUCCCCGCCUACGGCCGGCCCCCGCCCCCACGCACCAAGGGCCCCAAGCCCCUCCCAGCCCCCAAACCCGCCAAGGGGAGCGGCCCGCGCAACCAGAACACCAACAACAACAACAACGAGCACACAGCGCUGUACGGCCAGGUGUCCCGACACAAGCCCCACCCAAACACCUGCUACCCACCCGACAUCAUCUACGAUAACCUGGGGGACAUCUGACCCUGCCCCCCGCUGGGGCCCAGAGCCCCCUGUCUGCGCGCCGAGGAACUGCAGGCUGGGCCAGGACUGGGAGUGGGACUGGGAGUGGGACUGGGAGUGGGGGAAGGUGUGGAGCAUCAGGGGAAACUCUUCCUCUCUGAAAUGCUGGGAUUGGGUGUGGCAAGGCCAGGGUGAGUCCUGUGACUGGCUGUUUAAAGUUUUAAACUCAAGAUCAGUGGGAAUGUGGCUUGUUGGCUCCACCCCUUAUCUGAACAUAGCGAUCACGCAUGUCCCUCACGCACCUGGACCACGCCCACUCAGAGCCACGCCCACUCAGGAAGGGCUGUCGUUCCUGCUGCAGCUGUGUCUGUAACGAGUGUUGUUUCCGUUCUUUUGUUUAAAAAAAGAAAAAAAAAAGAAAAAAGAACCUUUUUUUAAGAACCCAUUUCCCUACAAUCUGAAGUGUCUGUGCAGGCCUGUGUUGGACUGAAGGAUCUCUGAUUAGCACUGAGCAUAGUGCAUCAGGGCCUCAUUUCCUGCUUCAAACUUCCGUCUGCCAGACACUGCUGCAGGCCUGUAAAUAAAGGUAACAAUAACAAAAUAAAAUUUUACAAAAAA